GAAAAGCUCACGCACGAUGACUACACAGUCGCGUGGAUCUGUCCUCUCGAGAUAGAACAAAUCGCUGCUCUCGAGAUGCUGGACGAAGAACACCCGAGAUUGCCGCAAUCAGCGAAUGACCACAAUGUCUACACUCUCGGAAGCGUAAAAGGUCACAAUGUCGUCGUCGCUGGCCUCCCGACGACUGGAAACUGUUCUGCUGCAACGGUUGUCGCGCAAAUGCGAAACACCUAUCCGCAUUUGAGAUUUGGCCUUCUUGUCGGCAUCGGAGGCGGUGUGCCCACCAAGACAGACGCAGGGCCUAUUCGACUCGGUCAUAUCGUGGUUAGCAAGCCUGUGGGCCAACAUUCGGGAGCUGUCCAAUACGAUCACGGCAAAGCGGAAGCUGGCGAGUUCGUCCGAACUGGCUUUCUUGCUCCACCCCCAACUGUCUUACUCAAUGCGGCAAGUGCGUUACAAGUACACCGACGACGAGUUUCGGAAGAUCCACUCAUUCCUCAUCUGAAUCGGAUUGACACUUCCAAGCGAGGCCUUCGGGCUUACAAGCGGCCUUCGCCUGAUCAGGAUCAGUUGUACGAACCAGACUACAUCCAUCUGGACAAAGAGAAAUCGUGCAAAAAGUGCGGUUGUGAAGCCAGCAAGCGUGUCAACCAAGAGGUCGAAGAUAGCGAUGAUGAGAGCGCCUGCGAGGAAGACGACGAUUGGCUCGUUGUACAUCGUGGCACCAUAGCUUCAGGCGAGGCCGUCAUGAGGAAUGGCUUACAACGAGACGCCUUGGCCGGGGUUGAUAAGAUCUUGUGUUUCGAGAUGGAAGCUGCUGGAGCGCUGAAUGAUUUUCCUUGUCUGGUCGUGAGGGGUAUAUCUGACUACUCUGAUUCCCACAAGAGUGACAAGUGGCAUGGUUAUGCUGCUGCAGUCGCGGCUGCAUAUGCAAGAGAACUUUUCCAUCAUAUGCCUGUGGAACAGGUGAAGCAAUGCAAGAUAGCGGAAGCAGUCAUACGAGAAA